AGUGCGCUAGUGCGCGAGCGGAGCUGAGAGAAGUGGCGGCUCGCUCCACAGCGCUGCGCUGCAACAUGGCGGAGAGUGCUCGCUCGCAGUGUGACCGCCGGGAGCCCGCGGCGCUGGACAGGGACGGAGAGACCAGCAAGCCGCCGCCGCCUCGGGGACGUGGUUGCAGUAGGAAGAGAAAGGGCACACCUGUGAAAGUGUGUGAUAGAGUCUUUGCCAAUGAAGAUGAUGAGGAGAACACGUUGGAACACAGUUACGGACCAGGUAAUGGUCAGGAAAGAUCAGAGCACAAACACAGAUCUGGUUCACACAGCACCACUGAAUCUGCUCAGGCCUGUCCUGUUGAGACGGGGCAGCAGAGCUCCAGCGGUGGGAGGGGAGCCGUACUCUACCCUCCACCCAACUGCCGUAUCCGAGAAGUGCACUGUGGCAAUCAGGUGCGGCUGGUCGUCGUUGCGAUUCGUGACAUCACCAAAGGAGAAGAGAUCACUGUCGAUUAUAAUCCGAGCGAGUGGGGGGAAAACGCCAUGACGAGGGGUUUACCUGGCUCAGUGUCUGCUGCAGCAAGCGAGCCAUCUCCUGACCAUGAGAAGAACAUUAAGAAGGAGGAGGAGUCUGGGUCUGGUCCUGGAUCAGAUUAUGUCACUCCAUCCUGGUCUCUCUCUCCUAAAUCCUCUCAGCUCUCUCACUCUGAACUUAGCGACUCGGAUGACGCAGAACCACGCAGCCGGACGCCUCGUCGCCGCAAAAAGCACCGCAAAAUAUCCUCCUCGGCUAACGCUAAUGCUAACUCUAACGACAAGAGGAAACCGCAUCAUCCCCCGUCUCACAGGCCACCGGGCCGACCUCCAUCGCAGCCUCUACCCCAUUCCCUGCCCUCAUGUCCCCCUCAGCCUCCUGCACCCUCCAGGCCUGUGUUUAAAUGCCCCGCCCCCGCUGGGGUAGGGGGCGGCCCUGCUAACGUCAGCGCAGGUAGAGGUGUGAGCCCUGUGAUGCAUAAGCAGUGUUGUGUGUACUGUGGUCGCCAUUACCGCUCUCUCCAGCGCCAUCUCGACAAACACCACGCCCACCAACCAGAUGUAUGUGCAGCCAUGUUAAAAUCACAAGGCUCCGCCCACCUGCCUCAUCUCCAUGCUUCUCUGCCUUCAUCCUCCUCCUCGUCUUCCUCUGCCUCAGGGCACAAUCGCAGCCACAGAGAAGGCAUCGUUAUACCCACACAGCAGUCUCCGCCCCCUCCUUCUCCUCCUUCUGCUUCCCCAGCCAGAAAGAGCCCUGCUCUCACAAGCCCCUCCCCUCGCAAAAGCCCCGCCCCUCCUCCACCCACUACACCACCUAGAAGGGGAGGGGGCGUCCCUGUGUCAGUGCUGAAGAGAAGCCCACCCACUCAAGUGACUCCACCCAGGAAAGCAGGACGUAAGAAGAAAGAGAAAGAAGUAGACAUGAUGAUGAUGAAGAUGAAAGACGAGUUUGCUGAGGUGUUGAAGCAGGUGGAAGACCCUAAAGUGGAAGAGGAGGACAAUGAGGAAGAGGGAGAGGAAGAUGAUGACAGCAGUGCAGAGGACAAGAGUGACCUGUCCAGUUCUCGCCGUCCUCACAUGCUGCCCCUGCUCUCGUCUCUCUCCUCCCUCGUGCUGUACCUGCGGCGUCUCCAGCACUCAGCCUUCAUCUCUUUGUCACGUUCUCCUCAGUCAGCUGAAGCCUGGCGUCUGCUCUGCCACUCCAGCCUGGCGCUUCUCAUCCUCUACAACCGCCGCCGCGAGUGUGAGGUCUCCAAACUCACCAUCUCUGAAUAUCAGGCUCGGGUGAUCCCUCAGACCUCCGCUCCGUUGCCCACCAGUGCUCUUACACCUCUCGAAGCCUCCCUUUCCCCCUUUGAAAGGCUUGUCCUGCCCCAUCUCCCUCGAGUGGGCGUCCAGGGCAAACGAGGACGAGUGCAGCCCCUGAUUCUGCCCCCUCACUCCGAACAUUGCCUAGAACUUCUUUUACAAACGAGAGCAGGAGUUGGGGUGGAUCCCCAGAAUCCCUACGUGUUUGCUCGGCCGUACCAUUCUCCCGCCACUCCUCUAAGAGGUACAGACCUGCUCCGAAAUUUGGCAAAAUCGAGCGGCACACGCCACCCAAGGGCACUGACACAGACACGCGUUCGCAGACAAGUCGCAAUCCUUACCCAGUUACUGAUGCUGAGUGAAGGUGAGGAGGAGGGGCAGCGCGGAGCCGCACAACAGAGAUUAGAGAAUUUCCUCCAGAAAGAGUACCACGUGACCCAGAGCUGCGCGACUAUUGGCCAGGAUCCGGGGCUCAUGGGACUGAUCGGGCGCGUGGUACUGUGUGGGGAGAGAGAUGGUGUGCUGUUCAGAGGAAUGAGUCUCCAUCAUAUCUGUUUAGAGCUGGAUGUGAUGUCAGGGAAUUCUGCAGAUUCACUGUCGGAGGAUUCAGAUGGAGAGCAAGAGAAAGACAAGAGCGAGUCUCCUACCAUCAUGAUUAAAAAGUCCUCCAGCGGCACUAAACCCCCUCGCCUCAAGAAGAUGAGCGCCUCUCACUUCUCUCCCAACCGCAAGCGGAGUUCAGGUAAGCGUGGCGUCCUGAAGCGCCCGUGGUCUGAGGCAGAGCGGGCCGCGGUGGAGUCCCACCUGGUGCGCAACAUCAUGGAGCUGCGCGUCCCCGCUAAAGCAGACUGCGAGCGCUGUCUGGAGCAGUGUCCACUCCUGGUCACCAACCGCAGAGACUGGAGAGCCAUCAAGUUCUACUGCCACAACCGCAUCCAACUGCUGAAAAAAACACAGCAGAGACAGAGCCCGCCCACCCUGUCCGUCUGCUGAGACGGCCAAUCACAAAGCCUGCUAGGGAAAGGUAGGAGGAGUCAGAGGUAGGGAGAAAGCAUGAGGAAAUUUUUUUUUUUUUUUGAACCAGAGUAAAGCUGUACAGAUAUGAAGGUGUGUGUACAAUCACCAGACGUUUGUAGUUAGGAAGACUAGAAGUGUCAGCAAUUCUGCACAUUGAUGAAGAUUACCAUAGAAACAAAGCUUUUUUUUUCAUUAUUAUUAUUAUUAUUAUUAUUAUUGUUCUGAUAGGUUUAUUUUCCUUCUCAUGUUAAUUUAUGAGGAAAAGUAUUCUUUCGAUAUUGUGAUAUAUCUGGACACUGUGAUACAUAAUGCGUAUCAUUUUAGUUUUUAACUAAAAAACAUCGGAGCCACUUUCUGAACAUGUGUAAGUCCUGUAAGACGUUCUGUCUAACAGUUACAGAAAUAUUUAUUGAGGAUAAACCCAGCACACUCGAUACUCAAGUGCAUCAUGAUGUUCAUAUAUCAUAACAUCGAUAUCACACGAUCUUAUCGCCAAGCUUUAGAGUCCACACAAAACAACACUAAUUUCACUCGUUAUCCCUGAAGUCAGCUUCUGCUGUUUAUCUGACAGAAAUGAAAGUUUCACUGGUGCUCGUCCCUCACGAGCGACGCCUAAACAAAACUCAUGACGCUUCAGAAGAAACGUGUCAUGUGAUACUUGGCAUGUUGGGUAUUUACAGCCGGGCGACACAGUGUGCUGUCUGUCUGUCUUCAUCACAUCAUCAGAGCAGCUUGGUUUUUCCAUGCAGAAAACAAAAUCUUAGUCAGCGUAUUAGACGCAUUUCAUUCUGUGUUCACCUUUGAACUUUUUGAGAAAAUAAUGCAUGAAAAUGAAAGAAGGGAGGAAAGAAGGUGAAGGAUAAAACCCUUAUCUAAUUAAUGUCAUUAACCAAACAUUUCUUGCACACCUUUCUCCUUCAUCCUGUAGGACUUCUGAGUUUUCUUUGCAAUAUUGACUGAACAAAAAAAAAUAACUUUACUAAUUUGCUCCUUAAAAAAAACUGUAAAGAAAGAUGCACAGCAGCACACGUUAACUCCCUCAGCUUCUUACUUUCUGCUGCCUUCAUGAAGUAAAUGGGGUUAAUUGGAGAACGCUCGCAUUAGUAUUCACUACACUCUGUUUCCACAUGAAUACAUUUCAGCUGGUUCUGGUUGAGCGUGCAGUUCUAAUUGCGCGGACGUUUUUUUAACGAGACGGUUAGAACAGCGUCUAGAUAAGUAGCUCGGGUCUUCUGACAGCACAAAAAAUCAGCUCAGACUUUCAGAGUAUUAGAUUGUUCCCAUUCUAGAACAGAACAGAGCCAAUGCAUGUUCUAGAACAGUCAAGAUCUGAACAGGAUCAUUAGAAAGUCUAGUUCGAGAGCAUUAGCGGUCUCAGACCUUCUGGUAGGACAGAACAUCAGCGCAGAUGUUUAGGAUGUUAGAUCGUUGUGAUUUUAUAACAGAAUGGAGUCUGUUCAGGUUCUAGAAUGGUAGCACAAGGGUUAGAACAAAGUCGGUUCUCCUCCUGUUGGUUUAACUCAGACCUUCUGACAGGACAGAACAACAGCUCGGACGUUUAAAGCGUUAGAUGGGUACGAUACUAGAAGAGAAUACAGUCAAACGUUUGAACAGGGUAUUUAGAACAGUAUUGGUUCUAGUUCUAGAACAGCAGUCUUUUCAAAGUCUAGAAAAGCAGCUCAGAUCUUCCGAUAAGACAGAACUUCAGCUCAGACAUUUCAGAGUGUUGGAUCGUUAGGAUUCUAGAACAGUAGCUUAAAGAAUGGAACAGGAAGUUUAGAACAGUGUUGGUUCUAGAUCUAGUUCCAGAACAGCAGUUUAAAUGUUUCGGACAGAGUCAGUUUUGAUUAUAGGACAGUAGUUCUAACAGAUCAUUUACAACGUUGUUGUUUCCUGUUCUAGAACAAUAGCUGGGACAUUUUAACAAGGCUUUUAGAACAGGAUGAUAAGAAAUGGUUCUAGAACAGCAGCUCAGACCCUCUAAUAGGGUGUUUAGAACAGUUGGUGUUUAUGCUAGCGGGCCUUCAGCUCAGACAUUCUGGAUGUCAGUGUUGUGAUUCCAGAAGAGGAUAGAUGUAGUUCAUAUUCUAGAACCAAGUUGGUUCUAGUCCAUGUCCUUGAUUUUAUAUGACAGCAGUAAUAAUGUCGAUUCUGGUUCUAGAUCAGAAGCUGAGAGGUGUUUAUUUUAUAUCUCUAGCUCAUGCAGAUGUAGCUCUGACAGGAUGUUUUAAACGGUGUGGGUUCUAGAAGAGUAGCUUGGAUAUUUCAGCAGAAUGUUUAGAACGGGGUCUGGUUCCAGAGAAGUAGUUCAGACAUUCUAACACUGUUUAGAGUGGGUUCUGGUUCUAGAGCAGGAACUCAGACACUCUUAAUAUGAGGAUUUAAAUGGCGUUUGUUCUAGAAUAGUAGCUCGGGUAUUUCUAACCGAACUUUUAAAGUGGGUUAUUGUUCUAGAAUGGUAGCUCAGAGAUUCUAACAGGAUAUUUGAAAGAGUAUUGGUUCUAGAACACUAGGUUAGAUAUUUUGUCAAAACUUUUAGAGCAGGUUCUGGUACUAGAGCAAUAGCCGAGACAGAGCGUUUAGAGCGGGUUCUGGGUUGCGUAGGUGCGUGUAAUUGUUGCUUAACGAGGUCGGUUAAAUGAUUUAAAUGAGCUUUACUUGUGUGUGUGUGUGUGUGUGUGUGUGUGUGAGAUUCAUUUCUACUCUUCAGACUUUUUUUUUUAUAUGAAACACGUAACCACACUUACCACCUCAGUUUACACUUAACUUAUUUAACAGUGGAUAUUAUUUGUGUCGCGUCUCGUCUGCGGUUCGUUCUCCUCUCGCCAUGUUCAUACAGAUUUAUAUAAAUGUACACAUUACACCGUCUUUAUUAUUAAUAACAAUAAUAUUAACAUGACCCAUAUUAGUGUUGUUAUUGUCUUCAUUGUUACUGCUGUUUUUUUUUUCUUAUCGCUUUUUUGUUCCGUAUGAACCUUCCUGUAAAUAUUGUAUGUAAAUAUAUAUGUAUAUAAAUAUGAGAAACAAAACAUGAAAGAACACAUAAAUGUAAAUACAUGAAC